GGACGAAACAGAACCCUUCCACCAAAAGGUGUUUCGGUCAUUGCAAGAGCGACUGUAAAGAGAUGCGGAUUUUAGAAACUAUUUUUCUAUAUUUUUUUUGUAAUUAUCUACUUACUUUAUUAUUUCUUUGUACUAUCUCAUAACUCUUCACUAGUAGUCUUCCUUUUCAAUGCUUUUCUGCUAAAGCAGCACAAGUUAAAGAUUAGAGGGUGGUAUACGACGAUCCUCGUCAAGAUGUUACAAGAAUGCAAUUUCUCGUACUAUAUAUAGACAACAUUUAUUAGCGAUAAUUAUGGAAUUCGUAGCAUUUUAUAUCCACAAUGAGUUCCAUAAGUAGAGUAUCUUUACAUUCACUCACCGUUUUCUUCUUUCAAUUGUGUGCACUUUAAAACUCGAUCUAAUAAUAUUGAUAAAGCUAUCACCAUAUACAGUAUAAACUACUAAUCGUCUAUUUUCAACCGUCUUGUUUGAUUUCUGUUCAUUUCCUUUAUUAAUUAUUUUCUUUUCUUUUUGUUUUGGGAAAUCCUGGACUGUUUAGAAAUCGCUAGUGGAAACUAUCACAUUACUGCGAAAGCGUUGCGCUUGUCUUAGUUCGAAUUGAAGGCUUGGCAAAUCAGUUCUUUUCUCAUUUAUAAGCGUCUUUAACACUUCGAGGCAAACAAAUUGUGUAUAAUUGACAUUGGCACAGUUGGGCUGGAACAAUAUUAAGCCAUUUACUUUCGUUCUUUUCAUACGUUUCACUGUUAUUGAUCUACAAUUUCCCUUUUACUUUUCUUUAACAUCUAAUUAUGCCUCCUAAAACUGUGAUUGUAGGUGUCAGUGGUGCUUCUUGUAGUGGAAAAUCGACGUUGACUCAGUUUCUCCAUGCUAUCUUUAAAGGAUCUUCCAUUCUGCAUGAAGAUGAUUUCUACAAAACUGACGCAGAUAUUCCCGUAAAAGAUGGUGUUCCUGAUUGGGAUUGCAAAGAGUCCCUAAAUUUGGAUUCCUUUUUGGAAACACUGAAAUAUAUCCGUAAACAUGGUGAUUUGCCUACUCAUCUUCACAACCGCGAUAACCUAAACGUUGCAAAGGAAGCACUCACGCAGUAUAACGAAAUUCUUAAAGAAUAUCCAGAAAGCCCCAUCUCUUCUUCAGACUACAAAUUCAUUUUUGUGGAUGGUUUUAUGCUUUAUGUGAACCAGGAACUCAUUCAAUCGUUUGAUUUAUGCCUUAUGCUGGCUUGCGACUUUGAUACUUUAAAAGCUCGUAGAGAAUCCCGUAAAGGCUAUGUCACUCAGGAAGGAUUUUGGCAGGAUCCGCCCAAUUAUUUUGAGAACAAUGUCUGGCCCGGUUAUGUCAACGGACAUUCACAUCUUUUCGAAAACAAAGACGUUUAUGGGAAAUUGAUAGAUUCCAGCAUACAGCUUAGUCCCGUAAGCAAUAUGAGCGUCCAACAAAACGUACAAUGGGCGAUAAAUACCAUCCAGAAAUUUGUGUCAUAAUCCUUUUUAGGUUCUCUUUUUAUCUUCGUUUUUUAGUUGUUUUUAAAUUGCCUACUAUAAAUAACCUUGAAAGAUCAUACUUGUUAUUAUUCGAACAGUUUUGAAUUACUGUACUUCUACCUCUCUUAGCUUUUAGUUUUCUAUACAGUUUAUAUCUGCCUUUAAUAAAUUUUGCAUAUUUUGAAGAAAAGAAAUAUGAAC